GUUCUGUUCCUCCCUGGCCCAAGAAUUAAUGCUCGAAAAGAACCGAGUCUAUUCAACACAGUUUCUGGGCUUAUUUAAUCCAUGCUUCCCAUUGACUUUCGUCUGUUCAUGUCAGCUCUUCUUAUAUUCCUUGCUCCGGAAUAGCCAGAGGCAUGUCUCAUUUGUCUCUCCCACACCACCACCUCGCUUCUCCCCCAAAUCGCUCCUUCAUUAAUUCUUCAACCAUGAACUUCUCUGACCAGCCCACCGGAAAGCCGUCUCCCAGGAGAGAGCUCCAGGGACCCCGGCCGACGCCGCUCAAAGUCCAUAAAGAUUCUUACAAGAUCAAGAAACCGCCGGUGGCGCCACAACCGUCUCAGCCACAGCAACCGCCGCCCCAACGCCGUGCCCCCGUCAUAAUUUACACUGUCUCCCCUAAGGUAAUUCACGCCAACGCUAGCGAGUUCAUGGCAUUGGUGCAACGUCUCACGGGCCCGUCUUCAUCAACAUCGUCUGAUGCUUCUGGCGACGCUGCUGCUUCCUCUUCAUUGCCGUCAUCGUCUUAUGCUGAUCAUAGCGGUGCAAUUUCUCCGGCAGCCCGGUUCGCCUCCAUCGAAAAGACUAAUACCUCCGCUGAGAAGUUGAGAAAAGCUGAUUUGGGCAUGGUACAUGGGGUAGAAAUGGGUGCAAACGUAGAGAGAACGAGUUCAAUUCCGGGGAUCUUAUCGCCUCUUCCGUGCUCCCUCCCGCCCAUCUCUCCGAACUUCUUCUCGUCUCUGCCUGAUCCGACAUCAUUAGGCUUCCUUCAAGACCUGAAAGACCUAAGCCCCAUCUUCCAGGGUAACAAGAAUUACAUAGAAGGUCUCUUCACGCCUAGCCCCUCAGCCUUCCUCUCACCUCCUAAUGUGUCUCCUUCUCAAUCUCUGGACCUCUUCAAACAAUUAUCAGACUUAUAAGAAAGAUAAAGAGAUUCAGGAAGAAGAGAGAUGUCUUCAGGGUAAUAUCCAUGAAAGACAGAAGUUGGAGGUACUUUUUCCCUGUAACUUUUUUUUUUUUCUUUCUUUUGGAGGUCUACUAGUUUAACAGUCUUUACCCUUUAAUGGGCUCUUAGUUGUGUGGGCUAAUCGAGAAAUAACCCGGCCCACAUACCCAUCAUCUAGUCAGGUUAUCUUUCUUCAUUACGCCCCAUUUGUCAUCAAAACAUGUGGAUUGUAGCU